CUCUUUAACAAAAUUGCAUCUAGGGCCUCUGAAUUGAAAGAUAUGUAUGAGGUGUCUAUUGAGCAAGGCACAAAGUUGCUUCAAACUGUUGAAGGCAUGCUACAAUUCCACACUAGUUGCGAAACAGUUGGCAUGGGUGAGAGCAAGGAAAAGCAAGGUUGUGCGGAUAAUGAAAAUGCUAUCAAACCCAAAGGACUAAAGAAGAGGAUUGUUUAUGACCAUAGAAGGCGACGGAUUAGAAGUAGCGUGGAGAAGGCAUUGGCUGUGACAAGACAAAAAAGACAUUCAUCUCAGGGAGUACAAGUACCUCCACAUAUGCUCCAAUAUUUACUAUCACAGUGUCCUCAACUACCCAAUUCGAUGCCUGCAACAUGGAAUGCUGCUGCUGCGGCAUGUUUUGCACCGUCUCAGUAGGUGAAAGUCUUGGUAGUAUUUUGUAAGCUGUCGUAAUUUGCUAGCCUUUUUUGGGAUCCCUUUUUUGUUUUGCAUAGAAGCAGUUCUGCUACCUACUCCUUGUUAUGUGGGGGCUUUGUAUUUAUGAACCCUUGAUGAUAUAUUUAUUAGCUACUGAUCUUUUGGUGUAUAUGUACCUAGACACAAUGCAUUGCAGUCAAAUUGUAGGUGCUUUGUUUUCCCUUUCUUUUG